GUUUGCUGCUCAAGCCAGCUAGUGUUUAUUUCCGCCCAGUGCAGCUCUUGGGGAGUGAGACACGCAUUUCAAAGACAACGACGGCCAGCAGACAAAAGAUAGAAUGUGGCGGCUGGCUUUCCUGUGCGUGGUCUCAGCCCUUUCGGUUAGCUGGGCUCGACCUCGCCUCGCUCCCCUCUCCCAUGAGAUGGUAAAUUUCAUCAAUAAAGCAAACACUACUUGGAAGGCUGGACACAACUUCCGUGAUGUAGACUACAGCUAUAAUGUGGCGGCUGGCUUUCCUAUCAAUUCAUUGAACUUUUAUUUCUGUGUCUUGUUUGUCAUGGCAGGAAAGACAUCCUAUAGUGUCCCAUCUAAUCAGAAGGACAUUAUGAAAGAGCUCUUCAAGAACGGCCCAGUAGAGGCAGCGUUCACUGUCUAUGAGGACUUCCUGCAUUAUAAAUCUGGUGUAUAUCAGCACGUGAGUGGAUCUGUACUAGGUGGUCAUGCCAUUAAGAUCCUGGGCUGGGGAGAGGAGAAUAGCGUCCCCUACUGGCUUGCUGCUAACUCUUGGAACACUGACUGGGGUGAUAAUGGAUUUUUCAAGAUUCUCCGAGGUGAGGACCACUGUGGCAUUGAAUCUGAAAUUGUGGCUGGAAUCCCAAUGUAACCAUCAAAAACUGCAUAAAUGUAGGAGAGCUGGAAAGAGUACCGUUCAAAACUUAGACAUUGAACGUCUUCAACUUUAAGCUGACUGCCAUCGUCUAUGGCCAUGAUACAUUAUACAAAGUAUUGUUAAUCAGUGAGUUUUAUAUAGUCUUUAUAGAGUCUUCUUACACCGGGAUCUUCGAUCAGGUACGUUUUAGAACUGGAAUGACAUUUUAAUGCACUGCA